AGUGGAGUGAUUCUAGACCCCGUGGCUGGCAAACGGCCCCCAGGGAUCAUCAAUUUUGAAGUCCGAAGAGGGUAUUUUAAAUUCGGCGGUCCUUAAGUUAGCCGUGCAUGCAAGAUAGUCGCGUGAGCGAGCGUCCGAUGAGCAGUGGCCGCCCAUCAAGGAAGAAUUUUAAACUUCCGCCCCCAGUACAUGACCUUCCUCCUUGUCGGGAAGGUCGGGCAAUGCUUCAAUAAAUGAAUUAAGGCAGAAACCAGCAUACAUUUUUUAUGGUGGGAGUAGAGGGGGUGUGCGGUUUGGAUACAAACGAAGGGAAUGUGAUGCAUCAGAGGGCGGGUGACAAAAAGUGACAUAACUGAGCCCUUGCCAUGCAUGGGUUUGACCACAACAUGAAUGAAAGAAAAGGGCCGGGGGGGAAUAAUAACCUGGGAGUGACGACUUUCCCUAAAGGCCCUCUCACAUCUGUUUUUCAAUCACAGUCGCAUUCAAGAAAUGGCACUACUACAGCGUAAGCGGCCGCGACCACUCUCUGGCCAUUCCAAUCAUCAAGGAGUAUUUCUUUUUCCAUCCUUUGAACAAUCGAGACGUCCGAGAUGGGCUUGGGGGGUGACCAAGCGCCAGCAGAAUUACGUCGACGAGAGCCAGACCCAAGUCCCGGCUCCACGGAUCAUCGGACAGGGCACGGCCAUACAGCAAUUUACACGAAGUCAGCCGCUUCGGGUGGUAGGGAGACGACCAGAAUCAGCCCGUCAGCAUGCAGAAUUGGGUAGUUAGUGAUUGAAUUCUGUUUUUCUGUGUUGAAUUUUUUUUGUCGUUCUCAGUUUGCACUUGUUCUCUUGAGUUGGUCACUUUAUUUUAUCUCGUUUUAUCUUCUUGAAGCUCUUUGUCAAAAGAGGCAAGACAAGGUAUUUCUUUUUAACAGUUGGCGUUACAGCGCAAUGUGCGGUCUCCGUCGCCGCUUGGCUUGGCCCCGCAGGGGGGGGGUUCAUGGAAUGUACAGCGUUCUGGGCUUGGAGCAAAGCCAUUGAUAAAAGUGAUAAAAAGAUAAAAAGAUAAAAAGAUAAAAAUUAGAAUGAAAAAUUUCCUUUGCUUCUCUAAUUUCUAUCUUCCAAUUUUUGUGGACGCUUGUUCCUCGCAGCCAGGCACUGGUGUAAGAAGAGCAUGAGGGGAGGGUUCGGGCAGCGCGAUUUGUGCCUGAAGAAUGAGAAAAGGAGCCGUCUUCUUACCGCUUCUAUGGGAUUGGAUUAAUCCCAAACAAUCUUGCCCGCAGCCUUCAUAGUCAAGGUAUGUUUUCUUGUUCCUUUUUAGAUAUGAUAUACCACAAUCAAUGAAGUUUUCUUAAAAUACCCCAAUUGAAAUCCGGACGGUGAUGCAAAUUGUUUUUUUUCCCCGACGAUGCAGGUUGAUUAGCAACGGAAGUACACUGUACGAGUAACUAAGGCCAAACUGACUGGGUCGUGGACUACUGGCGAAUGAUAUUUUCGCCUCAUGCAGCACCAAUUUUCAUGUGUUUGUUGUCGGUGAUUGAUAAAAUACGCCUCCUCCAUCACUUUGCCGCCAUCCUACCAUCCAUACCACAAGGUUGCGCUAGCUACAGCAAGAUGAUGCAUCGACUAGAAAAACUAGCCAUUUCACAUCCCCAUCAAGCCCCGGGUCUAAACAGGAUUGUAUUUUCUGACAUGCCUAACGAUGCGAGAUCGACCGUGGCAGCCACGAGCAGCAUGAAAACUGAUUGCAGCAGCAUUGCUGUUGAAAUAGGCAUAGUUGUAUGCAAGAGAUCAUAGCCGUAAGCGAGGGAAGAAGAAAAAUAACUUAGCUGGAGAUUCGAUAGUUGAUAGGCUUAGCGGACAUCAAUUCUAGCCAACGCAAACCGCACACGACCAAGAGUAAUAUUUCUUCGUAUGAUACACAAAUUG